CUAUAAAUAACUGUGAGGGCAUGGGAAUGAGUGUUUUCCUUCGACUGUGCAAGCUGUUAUUUCCGUAUAGUGAUGGGGUACAAACCAGAACAGUUCUUGAAAAACGUCGAUGAGAAUCUUUUCUGCUCGAUAUGCCACGAGAUAUUCCAAGACCCUGUGAGUURSAAAGAUGGUCACACAUUCUGCAGUGAGUGUAUUGAAUUGUGGCUGAAGACGAGCAGGAAUUGUCCAUUGGAUAACACUGCGAUCACUGACAGUAAGUUGGUUCGUAACUUGAUAGUUUGUAAUAUCGUGGAUAAUCUAUAUGUCUACUGUCAUCCACAAGAGAGCGAGCAGAAUAUUGAAAUAAAAGCAGAUAAGAAUGAAGAGCUCAAGUGUGACUGGACCGGAAAGCUACAGGCACUUGCCAAACACAGAGAAACGUGUCCUUUCCAACAAGUACAGUGUCCUAAUGUUGACUGCAACACCAACAUGCAGAGAAGAGAGCUGGAGGAUCAUGAUAAGAUAUGUCUGUUCAAAAUGGUGUUUUGUGAUCGAUGUAGGAUUGUUUUGAUCAGACACGAGCUCGACAAACACCAUGACAGUUACUGCCCAGAAACACUAAUUGUUUGCCCCAACAACUGCACUUUUAUACGAGAUCAAGUCAUAAGGAUCAAAAG